AUGCAGGGCAUUGUGGCUAGUCGAGUGGUUGGCCUUGCGAGCAAGCCUCGUCUUGCAAGCGCGUCACGCACCACACUUCGUGGUUUGGCAACCGUAUCAGACGCACCAAAACGUACGCACGGUGGCCUCCGCGAUCAGGACCGUAUUUUCCAGAACCUAUAUGGUCAGCAUGACUUUCGCCUGAAAGGCGCUCUUGCACGCGGUGACUGGCAUCGCACGCGUGAUAUCAUUGAACGUGGGCAUGAAUUUAUUAUCAACCAAAUGAAGGCCUCGGGUAUUCGUGGUCGCGGUGGCGCAGGCUUUCCGUCCGGCAUGAAAUGGAGUUUCAUGCUCAAGCCAGGUUGGGAGAAAGACCCACGCCCUCGUUAUCUGGUAAUCAAUGCCGAUGAGGGUGAGCCAGGUACCUGCAAGGAUCGUGAGAUCAUGCGCCACGACCCACACAAACUGAUUGAAGGCUGUCUCGUUGCUGGACGUGCCAUGGGGGCGAACGCCGCAUACAUUUACAUCCGAGGCGAAUUCUUCCUUGAGGCAUACAAUCUGCAAGUUGCUAUCAAUGAAGCAUACAAGGCUGGUUUGAUCGGCAAGAAUGCUUGCGGAUCGGGCUACGACUUUGACGUGUACGUGCAUCGCGGUGCCGGUGCCUACAUUUGUGGCGAAGAGACGGCUUUGAUAGAAUCGCUGGAAGGCAAGCAGGGCAAGCCACGUAUGAAGCCACCGUUCCCUGCCGAUACGGGUGUCUUUGGCUGCCCUACGACUGUCGCUAAUGUCGAGACUGUGUCGGUGGCACCGACCAUCAUCCGCCGCGGUCCAGAAUGGUUCGCCAGCUUUGGUCGCGAGAGGAACCACGGUACAAAGCUUUACGCUAUCAGUGGCCAUGUGAAUCGGCCAUGUGUGGUGGAAGAAGAAAUGAGUAUUCCUCUCAAGGAGUUGAUUGAGCGACACUGUGGUGGUGUGCGCGGCGGCUGGGAUAACCUCCUUGCUGUGAUUCCCGGUGGUUCGUCAACGCCCAUGAUCCCUAAGGAGGUGUGUGAACGCACUCUGAUGGACUUUGACUCCCUGCGUGACAACCAAAGUGCCCUUGGUACGGGUGCCGUUAUUGUGAUGGACAAGUCUACGGAUCUUGUGAAGGCGAUUGCUCGUUUGACGAAAUUCUACCACCACGAGAGCUGUGGUCAAUGCACGCCGUGCCGUGAAGGCACGGCCUGGCUUGACAGUAUGAUGACACGCUUUGAAAAUGGUCGCGCGUCGCUUCGGGAGAUUGAUAUGAUCUGGGAAAUUACGCGUCAGAUGGAGGGCCACACGAUCUGUGGUCUUGCAGAUGCCUCAGCAUGGCCGAUCCAGGGUCUCUUGCGUCACUUCCGUCCUGUUGUGGAAGAACGCAUCAAAGAAUAUGUGGCAAAGCAUGGCACGGUCCUGUAUGGCGGCCGCCUUGCGAGUGAGCGCAGGCCAGACCUCGCUAUUCCCGCAAACGUGUCAUUCCCUGAUCAAGCUUCGAAGGACAACUUCCAACCGGGUGUGAAGGAUUUAUAG